UCCAUUUUCUUCCCUCGAAAGACAGAAGCGGCUGCGCCGUGCGAGGAAGAGUCCUGUUGGAGAUGGAGACGCCGGGACCAGAUGUCCUGCUGCGGGUGAUAAAAAAAGAAGAGGAGUGGAGCUUCAGUCUGAAUCAGGAGCAGCAAGAACCUCACCUCAUAAAAGAAGACGACAGAGUGAAAGUAGAAGAAGAAGCCACCCAGUUCUCUGUCACUUCUGUCGCUGUGAAGAGUGAAGACGAUGGAGCGGCCAGCAGCUGGACUCAGCACCCAGACCCUCAGAGGUCACUGAGUUCUGAAUCUGACACGGAUGACAGCGAGGACUGGCGAGAAUCCAUCGACGCUGAGUCGGGUUCGAAAGGACAUGUCAGUGAGAAGAAAGAUGAUGCCGAUGGCAUGUGGCUGGUCUGCUCUCGGUGUGGGAAGAAAUGCUCUUCAAGGGGUGGACUGACAAAACACAUCAAGUCCUGUGGAGGAACCGUGUCUUGUUGGGUUUGUGGGAAAUAUUUUAAAACAAGUCGGAAAAUGAACUGCCACUUGAAAAUUCACCCAAAAAUUCACAGUGAAAAACCUUUCGUCUGCUCACUGUGUGGACGCCGGUUUGAACGCAGGCACUGCCUAAAACAGCACGUGAGAAUUCACACGGGAGAGAAACCUUACAGCUGCACUGUGUGCGAUAAACGUUUCCGGACAGCGAGCCAACUGACCUUACACAUAAGAACGCACACCGGUGAAAAACCGUACCGCUGCUCCCAGUGCGGUAGUAGCUUCACCUAUAAAGGCAGCCUGAAGGAUCACGUGAGGAGGCACACUGGAGAGAAACCUUUCAUCUGCACUCUGUGUGGCCAUUGUUUUGUCCGCCGAGACAGCCUGAAGGACCACAUGAAAACUCACGACAGAGUGAAGUCGUUCCACUGCGCCCAGUGUGGCGAGUGCUUCAAGUGGAAGAAGCUCCUGAGGUCUCACAUGAAAACUCACUCCAGCAGGACAGCCGACUCACUUGAACAAAUUUACUGACUUUGUUAUGAGUUCAUCUGACUGGACCUGGAAGCAACCAUGAGACGGCAGUUGGACUUGGUACAGACCGAACAAGCUGCUGCAUCAGAGCAACGGUUCUACGCUGCCUCCACCCUGGAGCCGUUUUAGUUGCACAGAGCUGCAGCAGGGCAAUUUCUUCUGCGUUGCGUGAGCCGUUGCUGGCGACCAUGUUGUUUAGGA